AUGAAGCGUCUCCUUAACCAACUUCUUGAUGAUCUGUCGCUAACAACGAAGACCAGAAGUGUUAGUCUGUGUGGAAUAAACUUACAUUUCAGAGGUGCAACAGAGUUGGUAGAGAAAUGUUCUGUUGAUGCUGAAGUAAUAUCGAAGGAGUCAAAAGAUGAUAUGUGCGAAAGAAAACUAGAUGCUGCGCUAGUAUAUUGUAUUAGGGCUGGUGCAUUACCAUUACCGUUCCCAGUAAUGGUAAUGGUCCGACCAUUACCAUAG